AUGAGCCAUGAGAGCCUGGGUGGCGUGGUGAUUGGCGUCGGCUUCCAGCCGGAGUCGCGAUCUGCCAGCGGUCCGUGCGCCGACCAGGCCCUGGAUAGAUUUGCGAUGAAGAAGUUCUACGAUGAUAAAGUUUCGGAUUUAAUGCAGCCGUCCCAGAAACGGUACGUUCAGUUCCUCAGUGGGCUCCUGUCGGGGACGGUGAAAAUGAACACAUCGCCACUGUUCCUGCAUUUUGUCAUCCUGCACGGCACUCCCAACUUUGACACGGGCGGAGCGUGCCGGCCCUUUCUGAAGCUCUACCAGGCCAUGCAGCCCGUGUACACAUCGGGGAUAUACAACAUCGGCCCAGGAAACCAAGGCAGCGUCCACAUCGCCAUCGAGCCGGCCCAGCUGCUGAAGGGGGACAUCAUGAUCAAGUGCUACCACAAGAAGUACCGUUCAGCCACCCGCGACGUCAUCUUCCGCCUGCAGUUUCACACCGGGGCCGUCCAGGGCUGCGGGCUGGUAUUCGGGAAGGAGGAUUUGGACACCGCCAGCCAAGAUGACCGUUUUCCUGAUAAUGGCAAGAUUGAGUUAGUUUUCUCUGCCACUCCUGAGAAGAUUCAAGGCUGUGAACACUUGUGCAAUGACCACGGAGUGAUCGUGGACUUCAACACAGCAGACCCCCUGAUCCGCUGGGACUCGUACGAGAGCCUGAGUGCCGGCGGAGAAGUGCCGCACACGCAGGGCCCGGUCGAUGGCAGCCUGUAUGCCAAGGUGAGGAAGAAGAGUGCCUCAGAUCCCAGCGUCCCAGGUGGGGCCCCGGCCGUCCCCGCCACCACCAGCCCAGACCACAGUGACCACACCCUGUCCGUCAGCAGCGACUCUGGCCACUCCACCGCCUCCGUCAGGACCGACAGGACGGAGGAGCGGCUGGCUGCGGGCCCCAGGCGGGGCCUCAGUCCCCAGGAGAAGGCCGAGCUGGACCAGCUGCUCAGCGGCUUUGGCCUGGAAGAUUCCGGAAGCCCCCUCAAGGAUAUGACCGAUGCUCCCAGCAAGCACAGCGGCACACGCCACGUCGUGCCGGCUCAGGUGCACGUGAACGGAGACACCGCGCUCAAGGAGCGGGAGACGGACAUCCUGGACGACGACAUGCCCGGCCACGACCUGCACAGCGUGGACAGCAUCGGGACCCUGUCGUCCUCGGAGGGACACCAGUCGGCCCACCUGGGCCCCUUCGCCUGCUACCAGAGCAGCCAGAACUCCCUCCUGUCCGACGGCUUUGGCAGCAGUGCUGGCGAAGAUGCGCACGGCGGCCUCGCCCCCGACCUGAGCCUCGGCGUGGAUGCCCCGUUCGAGCGGGAGCGGGCUUUCGGGAUCCGAGAGGCCAAGCAGCCACCCCCGGCGUUGCGGAGGCCCUCCGUGUCCGCGCAGACACAGGCCUACGGGCAGAGCGGCUACUCCACACACACCUGGGUGUGCCAGCAGCAGAUUGUGGCCGCCCAGCAGUACAGCUUUGCUCCCGACGGGGAGGCCAGGCUCGUCGGCCGUGGCCCGGAGGACGGGUCCGGCCUGCUGCAGGCCCAGCCCCGGGUUCUGGUCACCCCCACCCGGGGGACCAGCAGCAGAGUGGCCCCACAGAGGAGCGUGGGCCCCGGGCCCCACCUCCCCGAUGCACAGCGGCCCCCUCCAGGCAAAGCCUUCAAGCCCAGGUUUCCAGACGUCAGGGUCCUGAACGGGACCGGACCGGAGCCCGGCGCGGACCCCUCCCCGGGCUCGCCCACCCUGGACAUCGACCAAUCCAUCGAGCAGCUCAACAGGCUCAUCUUGGAGCUGGACCCUACCUUUGAGCCCGUCCCCACCCACAUGAACACGCCGGGCAUCCAGGCCAACGGCCCCAUGCCGCCCGACAGCCUGGGAGGCAGGCUGUGGGACACGGGAGAGGGCCCCGGCAGGGCCCCGGUGCGGCAAGGAGGCCAGGCCGUCCUGCGCUGGAUGGUGGUGAUGGAGAUGAUGACAAUGGUGACGAAGGUAGUAAUGGAGGAGAUGGUGGGACUGAUGAUCACCAGGGUGAUACUGGCGUUGUUCAUGACGGUGGUUAACAGCGAGAGCUCCCCAGGGGACGAGCCACCGGGCGGAAGAUUCCGGAAGCUCAGCCUCGGGCAGUAUGACAACGAUGGUGCGGGGCAGCCGGCCUUCCCCAAGUGUGGAUGGGGAAAGACCCCGGGUGCGGAACAGGCCGUGAGCCUGGCGCCUUUCCUGUCUCCGGCGGACGCCAAGGAGACGGUGGCUGCCGCGUACCCCCCAGACCCCGAUGGGAUCAGUGGCAGGAACUUCUCUCCAACCAAAAGCGGCAGUGACUCACCCUCUCCCACGCCCGCGUUUCCCGUGUCUGCGGAAACACUGUAUGCCCGCCUGGGUCGCAGACGGGCAGUGCCAGCGGUCUGUACAGAGGUGCUCACGAAGCUGGAAGAAGGCCUGCCCUUUACAGAGGAACUGGGGCCCCAGGGCCGGGGAGCUCCCUGCUCCGCAUCACGGCCGCCUGCCCGAGACCCCCAGCCGCUCUCCUGGAUCUUCCCAGGGGAGCGACGGCUGUCGGGAGGGGUCUGUCGCAGCCCCCGAACACUUACCAUACGCAGCGCGGUGUUCAAGUAUGACAUGCACAUAAACAAUCCGCAGGAAGUGCCCUGCCUGGACCUCGAGGACAGCGAUCCGGGGAUCUUCCUGGCCAGUAACAGAGAGGUGGCCCUGGGGGUCCUAGUGAGGGGCGCGGGCCUGCUGGCUUUCACCGGGGUGAUGAGUGCAUCAGAGGGCCAGGCAGGCAGUGGCUGGAAGCUCCCCUGUGUGUGUGCACCCGGGGCCAUUGCAGUGCUCUGGAGGCCCCGCUGGGACGAGAGCAAGAAACAGGUUUCCAGUGUCUUCUCCAGCCCCGUGGGCUUCCUGUGUCACACUCUCUGGAUGUCCCACAGGGACGGGCCUGCGCCCUGCACCUCUGAGGAUGGAGGUCGUGCCCUUUCUCCUCGAGGCCCCACUCCUGCUGGCCCUCCAUCCGCCGAGCUCCCAUGGGUGGAGAGCAGCCCCAAAGCCUCACUGGCCCUGUUGGGGAGCGGCCGGCCGGCAGGAAGCGUCCUGGGCUCCGGCGAGUUCCCUGGCUCCAGCCUCGGCCCCGACAGCCCCGGGCGGCCCCACCUCCCACCCGCCGAGCUCCAGGCCCCUUUCCACAACCACCAGCUGUCCCUGGCGGAGCCACCUGAAGCUCUGGGCCCCCCGAGUGGCCAGGCCUUCCUGGGCUUCGGCACUGCCCCCGUGGGGAGCUGCCUUGCCCCUGGGGACGACCCCGGGGCCUUGCUGGUCCAUUCUCACGGAACACCCCAGGCCCCCAGCACCCCGCGGACGGCAGCAGCGGCCGGUGACAGCGGCUUCCUGUCCUCCAGUUUUCUCACGGUGACGCCGGGCCACAGCGGCCACCACAGUCCGCUGACCCUGCCUGGGCAGCCGCCCCUACCCGAGAAGAAGCGAGCCUCGGAGGGGGACCGGUCUUUAGGCUCAGCCUCCCCUUCAUCCAGCGGCUUCUCCAGCCCCCACAGUGGGAGUUCCAUGAGCAUCCCAUUCCCCAACAUCCUCCCGGAUUUCCCCAAGGCGUUGGAGCCAGUGGCACCCAGCCCAGAUAAUGCGGGUGAUAAACAUGUGUCCGUGAACUUUGUCCAAGACACAUCCAAAUUCUGGUACAAGGCGGAUAUCUCCCGAGAGCAAGGUUGUCGUCUGCCCCAAGCUGCCAUCUUCCAGGACCCCGAGCCCAGGCCCCGGGGCCCAGGUUUUGAACGUGGAGGGAGGGGUGUGAUUUCAAAGCCGCAUAUUCGCCGCGAGCCCCCAGCCUCAGGCAGGAAGUUGGGAGGAUGGCUGUGCCAGGCCCAGCUGUCAGCCCUGGCCGAUGACGGCCACAUGGCCAUCGCCAUGCUGAAGGACAAGGAGCCUGGGUCGUUCAUCGUCAGGGACAGCCACUCCUUCCGAGGAGCCUACGGCCUGGCCAUGAAGGUGGCCACUCCCCCGCCCUCCGUCCUGCAGCUGAACAAGAAAGGGAGCCUGACGGCUUUGGUGUGUCAGCAUUCCAUCACACCCUUGGCUUUGCCCUGCAAGCUGCUCAUUCCAGACAGAGAUCCGCUGGAGGAAAUAGCCGAUAGUUCUCCCCAGACGGCGGCCAACUCAGCCGCCGAGCUCCUCAAGCAAGGGGCAGCCUGCAACGUCUGGUACCUGAACUCGGUGGAGACAGAGUCCCUCACCGGCCACCAGGCCGUCCAGAAGGCCCUGAGCCUCACGCUGGUCCAGGAGCCGCCUCCCUUGUGCACCGUCGUGCACUUCAAGGUGUCCGCCCAGGGCAUCACCCUGACCGACAACCAGAGGAAGAGCCACGUGCAACCCCCUGAUAUUCAGCCCAAAGGUUUUCUUCUUAGGAUGUGGCUCUUCUUCCGGAGGCACUACCCCGUGAGCAGUGUGAUUUUCUGCGCGCUGGAUCCACAGGACAGGAAGUGGAUCACAGACGGCCCCUGCUCGAGAGUCUUCGGUUUUGUGGCCCGGAAGCAGGGCAGCGCCACAGACAACGUGUGCCACUUAUUUGCGGAGCAUGACCCGGAGCAGCCCGCCAGCGCCAUCGUCAACUUUGUGUCAAAGGUCAUGAUCGGCUCCCCUAAGAAGAUCUGA